CUGAGCCCUGGCGGACAGAGGGGGACAGGAGAUGGUCAGGGCAGCAGGGCACAGCCACACAGAAUCUAGACUUGGAGGACUGGGUCUACACAGAGCUAAGGUCUUGAGGCAAGGAGUGAGGAUGCCCGGGACUUCUCUGCUGGCUCCCCUCUAAGCCAUCUCCAGCAGCUCUCAACCCCCCUCCCCGCAGGCCUUCCAUCAACAGUCAGCCCUGCUUCAGCUUCUUGGGCUGAAUCACUUCUUCGUGUUCCAGCCAGGCCCUGUCUCCCUCCAUUUCCUCUCCGGCCUUCAUGUGACACUCCUUUCCUCUACCCGUGGCUCCUGCUUCUCACAGGUUUGCAGUGAAGGGGUUGUCCCGAGGUACAGAAAUCCACUCCGCUUUGCCAGGUGGAGGCGACAGCACCGCCCCCUCCCAGCUGCCCACCUCCCUGUGGUCUGGCUCCUGUGGGACAUGAGAGAAGGGAGCCCUACCCUGGACCCAGCCUCUGUCAGCCCGCCCUAGAAGGAGAGAAACAAGCAUGAAGCCGUUUGCCUCUUAGAAAUACACACCAGGGCUGCUGGAGGGCAGGGCCCGUGCCUUUUUCUUUUAUGAUCUUGCCAGCACAGUGCGGGGGAUUAAAGAGUGCUAUAUAUCAACAAUCAAAAGAAUAAUAAACAAGCAAUCCAAUGGGCCAAGGCUGUGGGGUGGGGAGGCAGCUCUACAGGAGACUUGAUCCACCAAGCCCACACCCUGAUAAGGUCUGCAGUGGGAAUUAAAUCACUUCUUCCGUCAGUACAGCUGGAGUGGUGUGAAGCGGGAAGCCCACCCCAGUUGGCCAGGAAGUGAGCCGGGCCGGGGGGGGGGGUUGCAAGGCAGAGCACACUGCUAAGCCCUGUUCUUUGGUACACCACUCGAGUGUGCACUCAUGGAAUUAUCCAGGGGGAGAGUUCAGUGGUCAGUGACCUGGGGGAUAAGAAGGGAGUGGCUGGGGUUAAGAUGCCAGGCCUUGGCCAAGUGGUAUGAAGUAAAGGGUGUACAGAACCAGGAAGUGUUACUCAGCCCUGAUCCCCCUGCUUCUCGGAAUAGUGCCAGCCUUGCUGCUUCCAGCCGCAGCAGCUUCCAGGAGAGUUGUCCUCCCAGCCAGGCCCACGCACCUAAGGCUGGCCCAGGGUACUGCUGACAAUUCAGGGCAGCCCUGUGUGGCCUUUUCCGCAGAGGAGGGACCGCGAAUAAGGCCCAAGAGGCCUGAGGGGAAGGCUUGGAGUGUGGCGGGAGAGGAGGCCACAGGACACUGGCCCUCAACUGCUCUCUCUGGCCCUGAGGCUACCGGAGGAAAUCGAGGAAGAUGAGGAACCACCAGACUGGGUGUUAGGCCCAGGAGAGGGCAGUUCUCCCUCCCCAAGGUAAUGCUGCACUGCUGAGAAAACUUAAGAGUCACCCUGGCAUGCCCUGAGCCCAGCCCUGGGAGGAGCCAGCCCUUUAUAGACAUGGGGCUGCUUCCCGUUAACACACCCUCUGCCCCACCCCCACCCCCCAUACCUGCAGGCUUGGCUAAUGAGGGCCUGUCACCAGGCCCCAGGACUGAGUCACCCACACCAGUGACAGGUCUCUCUUCCUUCCCCAACAACUGUUCCACAUGCCUGCCUUUCAAUUAACUCCCACCCUCCCCGAGCUCCUCCCGCCCAGACACACGAAGGGGCAGCUGGGGAGCAGGCCCACCAGCUAGGGCCCAGGGCAGUGGGGCUGUGGGGCAAAAGGAGGCAACGUGGUGACACACAAAGCAGGGCUGCCCCCCAAAAGUCCCCAGGGGAAUCCUAAGCUUCCCUGUGCCUUGGGGUGUUGGCCACGGCUGGCCCAAUCCCUGCAUGCGGAUGCCGCAAUUAUCUAAGAGCAUGAAACCCAGCUUCCCACCUGACUGAGUCACCUGAAAACAAUAACACGUUCCCCACUGCCACACACCGGCACAAACAGCCAAGCUACUAAUCAGAGCCCGGGAGCCGCCGUGGAGAGGCCUGGCCCUGUGCUGCCCUAGAGCCAGGCACAGGGGCCAGGGAGGGAAGGUGAACUUAGGACCACCAGGAGCCAGGCGCUGGGGAAGCAGCACAGGCCACUCUCGCACCACAGAGAUCCAUCUCUGACACCACAGGCGCUGCCCUCACUCCGGCUCCAGAACUCCUGGUUCUCUACUCUCCUGGACAAAAGUGCCCUCUUUCCAGGACCCCUUCCCACCAUCCAAGAUGCUUCUAGACCACUAGGGCUGUCUCCCUGAUUCUUGCCAUUCACUGCUCCAGUGGGGACCUAAUGCUCCCUGGCAACUCUUGAACUGGGCUGCUGAGGUACGGAGCUUGUCUGUUGGCUCCCCUGGGUGCCAUGGAGACCUGGCGGAAAGGCUCCUUCCGCAACGCCUCCUUCUUCAAGCGGCUGAGCCUGGGGCGGCCGAGACGACUCCAGCGACAGGGCAGCGUGCUCAGCCAGGCCAGCACGGCUGGCGGGGAUCACGAGGAGUACAGCAACCGAGAGGUCAUCCGGGAGCUUCGAGGGAGGCCAGAUGGACGGCGCCUGCCUCUGUGGGGGGACGAGCAGCCCCGGGCCACCCUGCUGGCCCCACCCAAGCCUCCUCGCCUGUACCGAGAGAGCUCCAGCUGCCCCAACAUCCUGGAGCCCCCACCUGCCUACACUGCUGCCUACACGGCUACCCUGCCCUCGGCGCUCUCCCUGGCGGGCACCCUCCACCGCUACUCUGAAGAGGACCUUUUGGACACUCCCCCCUUCCAGAAGACACCUGCCCCAGACCUGAAUGAUCCCUUCUUCUCCUUCAAAGUGGACCUGGGGAUUUCGCUUCUUGAGGAAGUUCUACAGAUGCUGAGGGAGCAAUUUCCCAAUGAACUUAGCUUCUGAAUGGAGUGCAUGGAAGGCAGAGGUGGGGUAACUGGAAGAGCUGGAAGCCUGGAGGCCCAGGGAAGAAGGAUACAGUUGCAGAUUAAGAAAAAGGUAGGGACAGAAAUCCAGGAUCCUGCCUUCCUUCCGGGUCCUGAACAGUCUUCCAGGUUAUCCUGGAGCAGAGGGACAGAGGGACAGAGGCAAGCCGGAGGAAAUGUCUUGAGGGGGUACUUGCUGGCGGGAGCCCUGAAGGCAGCUGGCUAAGCUGGGGAAGGGAGGCCAUGCCUGUAACCACGGGGACAAGGCAGAGGCCAGCAGAGGAGGAGGCGAGCACCAGGGGUGAGUCAGGGAGUGGAGGACUCACACUGAGCAGAUCAGAUGGGUGCCCUGCAGCAGCUCCUCUGAAGCCACUGUUUAUAGAGAGACGUUACAGGGCAGGUCUAGGCAAAAGUGGUCUGACCCAGGCCAAAGAGGAAAGUGGGGAGACCUGAGGGAAGAGCCACUAAGGACAUGUGGUUGUUCAGAUUGAAAUGAGGUAAAAUUAAAAAUUUAGUUCCCUGGUUA